AUGACAUCCUUGUCUUGCGAACUUUUUGAACAAACACAGGAUAUCGAAGGCAUGGAAGUUGGAACACGGACACUGGAGCGUUCGCAUAGACACAAAAUGUCUUCCUUUAAACGUAAGGCAACAGGCAAGCAGACACUCACAGUGUACCCAGGAACGCGCAUAUCGCCUGCUUCGAACCUCAGUCUUAUUACAUCAACUGGUAUAUCUUCUUUGGAUGAUAUCCUGGGGGGUGGGCUGCCACUUACAUGUUCACUGGUCUUUGGUGCUCCGGAUAUCCAUUCAUCGUAUGGGGACCUAAUUCAAAAAUAUUUUGUUGCACAAGGCCUGGGCAACGGGCACAGAGUGUGCGUUGUUGGUGAAGAUGCAGAGAAGUUUGUGCGCGAUAUUAUGUGGUUCCCAAAAGCGCAAGAAUUGCAGCGGGCAGCUGAAUCUGACGACGACGAUAAACCCGCCAAUCAAGACGAAAAAGUGAAGAUCGCGUGGAGAUACGAAAAAAUGAAGCAAUUCCAGACAACGGUAGGAAGCCAGGACGGAGACUGCCUGCCAUUUGAGCUUGCGAGUCGCGUGCCAAAAGAGAUGAUUGAUGACGGAUUGAAAUCUCAAAGGAUACGUGUUGUGAAUGCGGGGACGAACAUGUUUGAUAUUCUAGGAGAAAUCUCGAGGUUUCUGGAGGCCGAGACCAAGGAAGCCACGCGGAUUUGUAUCGCAGGACUUGGAUCAGCAGGCUGGGGCGACGUUUCACCGCAGGUGUGUGAGCGAAUUGUAAAGAGAGAGACGGGGUUGACAGAUAGAAAUGCAGCGAACCCGGGCCUAGCAAGCAUAUUUCCGUCGCAUCAUGGACUGGUGAGUGUGCAGCGAGUGCCGUCACCGCAGACGCAGAGUGCGCCGAGCGAGCGGUUCUCGACGCUGCGGGGACUGGGAAGCAGCGGGGAAAACAAUCUGGGAUUCAAGUGCACACGAAAGCGGCUGGUGUUUGAGACGGUGCACCUGGACAUAGAGGGGGGCACGGGGGAAAGACGGACAAAGGAGAGCAAUGAAGGAGCGAGAAAAGUAAAGACGAGCAGAAAGAAAGUCGUGUUUGAGAAUGAUUUCUAA